AAGAAGAAAAGAACCCGGGUAUUUUCUUCACGCCGGUCUCUGGGUUGGAUCAGCUGUUUUUCAUACAGCGUGGAGAAACCACCACCGGCGGUUCUUGUUCUUCUCUUUCACUUUAUCCAGCCAACCAACUAAGCGCCCUGUUGGUGCGAUCGACAUGGAUAGCCGUAAGCGACCCAUGGAGCCAGCUUCCAGCCCGGACAAGGAGUUCCAAACGCCGCAGAAGAAAGUGUCGGAGGUCCGGGUCUGGCAGCCCGAUUCGGACUUCAUGCGGUGGGGAGUCGGGGAAACCUGUCAGUACCUGCGGAGAGAAGGGCUUGAAAAAUGGGAGGAUAUAUUCAGAGCUGAGAAGAUUACCGGCGAGGGGCUGAGGUACCUUACGGAUGAAAACCUGGAGAAGAUCGGCAUAAAGUGCCUCGGUGACCGUCUGCAGAUCCUGCACAGAGUGAGGAAGCUGUGGCACAUCGACGCGGAGCCCAACAAGGUUUUCAAUGAUCCCAUCCACGGCCAUGUGGAGCUGCACCCACUUCUCAUCAAGAUCAUCGACACGCCUCAGUUUCAGCGACUUCGAAACAUCAGGCAGCUUGGAGGGACCUAUUACGUUUUUCCUGGAGCCUCCCACAACCGCUUUGAACACAGCCUUGGGGUUGGGUACUUGGCAGGACAACUUGUUCAAGCUCUCAAUGAGAAGCAGCCCGAGCUCCUCAUCUCUCGCAGGGACAUUCUCUGUGUGCAGAUCGCUGGACUCUGCCAUGACCUGGGACAUGGACCUUUCUCCCAUAUGUUUGAUGGCAUGUUCAUACCCAAAGCACGUCCAGGAAUUAACUGGAAACACGAGGCUGCCUCUCUGAAAAUGUUUGACUACCUUGUGGAUGACAACAACCUGAGGCCAGUCAUGGAGGAGCACGGCCUGGUGCUGCCAGAGGACCUGGAGUUUAUCAAAGAGCAGAUCGCAGGACCGCUGGAGAAUAGUUCAGGUCAAGGAGAGAAGUGGCCAUACAAAGGCCGUCCUAAAGACAAGUCCUUCCUCUACGAGAUUGUUGCCAACAAAAGAAACGGUAUCGAUGUGGACAAGUGGGAUUAUUUUGCCAGGGACUGCUACCACUUGGGCAUCCAGAACAACUUUGACUAUCGGCGCUUCCUAAAAUUCGCAAGGGUCUGUGAAGUGGAUGGCCAGAAAAACAUCUGCACAAGAGACAAGGAGGUGGGGAAUCUGUACGACAUGUUCCACACUAGGAACUGUCUCCACAGGAGAGCCUACCAGCACAAAGUGGGCAACAUCAUCGAGACAAUGAUCACAGAAGCUUUUUUAAAAGCAGAUUCACACAUAAAGAUCGAAGGCUCUCAGGGAAAAACUUUCACUCUGUCCACAGCUAUUGAUGACAUGGUGGCCUACACCAAGCUGACAGAUCAUGUGUUUGAACAGAUCCUGAACUCUUCCUCUAAGGAGCUGGAAGAAGCGAGGCUUAUCCUGCAGAACAUCAUCCGCCGGCACCUCUACAAGUGUCUGGGGCAGACUCGGCCAGACAAACCCUUGACUGUCACUCAGAAAGCCGUUCGCAGCUGGGAGGCAGAGUUGGCAAAUUCCAGCCCUCAGGGUGGCUCUCAUGAUGUCGAUCUGCAGCCGGAGGACUUUGUAGUCAAUGUAAUAGCGAUGGACUAUGGUAUGAAAGAAAAGAACCCCAUCAAUAAUGUGCGCUUUUACUGCAAGGAAGACCCGACAAGGGCCAUCAAGAUCCGCAAAAACCAGGUAUCUAAACUUCUCCCAGAGCACUUUGCUGAGCAGCUGAUCAGGGUGUACUGCAAGAAAACAGACGAGAAGACCCUGGAGGCUGCCAAGAAACACUUUGUUAAGUGGUGCAUGGACAAGAACUUCUCGAAGCCUCAGGAUGGAGAUAUCAUAGCACCUGAGCUGACUCCUCUCAAACCCAGCUGGCGCAACAACGAAGGCGAGGACAGCGACGAGGGCAACUCCAAAGAAACAAGCGUUCUUGUGAACGGACUCAAGAAAGCUAAAACUCACCUUAACUUUGAGUAGAAGGGAGAGAGACAGCCCCUUCCUGCACACGAAAAGUAAACAGAGGUGAAUGUUACAUGAAGAGUGUAUUUUUCUACGAGGCGAGUGCAUUGAUGAGGCCAGCAAAUAGCCUUACAAAAAAAAAAAAAAAAAGGAUGCAGUGAAGCAUUUCUAGAAAAGGUGUUCCAGAAAAAUAAGGCUCAGUUUCUCAACAUACAUAUAUUUUUUUAUUGUGAUUUAUUUUAAUUAGGUUUUAUUUGUCAAGAGUUCCUUAAGCUGUUUAAAUUCCUUUUUAUACGUUUCAAAGCAGGGUCCCCGUCAUCUCAUUUUACUGCCUUUUUAAGGCAGCCACCAUAUUUAAACAAACAGCUCAACAUGUUUAAAACGCUGUUACGUUUUAUUAUUAUUUGAGAUUAAUGGGGAAACUCCCUUUCUAUUUAUUUUUCUUUUUGGUUUUGGUUGAAUUUUUUUGUUACAUUAUUUAUCUUUAGAAAACAACUGCUUACUCGGCGUCUUUGCUUUGCAGGUAUGAUUGAAACAUUUAAUUGUUUUCUUUCAUCCCAAUCAUGUGGUGGCCUCAUCAGAUCGUUGCUUAUUUGGGAUUAAAAACAUCUGAUAAUGUUGGUUGCUGUGGUUUUUGAGUGUAAGCUUUGUAAACGUUUGAGAAAAUUGUUGAAAUAAAGCCUUUUUGGAGUCA